AUGAAAACGAUUCCUUCCCCAGACGGCAUGGCCGUGAACUCUCUGAAACGAGGCACCCUGGCCGACGUAGCAGUAGCUUUUCUUGAAACACAAUCUUUAUCCCCAUAUCCUGGCAGAGUGAAAAAAAAACACGUGGAACGGCUGAAAUUCCAUCGAAGGACUGUCCUUUACCUUUUUUUACAAAGCUGGGGCAAACAACAAAACGAAGCAGACAACAUUGUCGAUGUGGAGUUGGUGCAGAAAUGGGCCGCGUUGCCAUUGAAGGCACCUGGAACCGAAGGGAAAGCUACAAAAAUCAUUUCUAAGGGUAUAACAUUACGUAGAAGAGGUGUUCUACUCAUGUUGCAUCGCAUGAAAAAGAGAACGUUUGGUAUUGUAAUCCUUUGGCGCGGAGAUGUUUUCAGUCAGACGGAAUAA